AGUCUAUUACCUAAAAGAGCAAGCAAAUCUAAAAAUAAAAUAGAUCUAAGACCUAGACUGUAGCAGUGUAGCCAUCGUGAUAUCACUAAUGUUUUAAAUGUUACAUUGUAAAUACGCUGGUAGUCGAUACUGCUCUAUCAUAGCUGACUAAAUAUCCGUAAAUAGUGAAAUAUUGCAAAAGAAAAAAACAAAUGUUUAUUAGAUCUAGACAUUCUUAAAUCUAUACUGCAGUAAUAACAGUAGUUCAAGAUAAAGUGUUAAAGAUACACCAUGUAUCACAACUAUGUGAGCGCAGGUUAUGGGGGUGGUGUUACUAACCCUUACGCACAGCAGCCUUACUACAGUCCACCUUCCUUUGGGCCAGAUCCCCCUUCUUCUGCCUUGUCCAAUAUAAAUGAACAGGCAGCGACUGCACUUUUAAAACAUUUAGAUCGACAUGAACUGGAGGAUUUAUUACAAAAUGAUUCUAAGCUUCAAAGUCUCAUAGAUGACUUGCCUCAGGUCAAGGCUCUUCAGGUAGAACAUGACAACCUUGUGGUCACAACAAAAAGUCUGGCAGAGUAUAACUUAUCAUUGCAACCUAAACUUGAAAGUUUAAAGCAGGAUGUAGCAGAGAGGUAUCAGAGAGCAAAUUCUCUACGGACAGGUUUAAUAGAACAAAAAGCAGUUUUAGAUAGUUUGACAGAUAGGCAAUCUUUAGAUACAGUACUGGCACUGCUGCAGACAGAAACAGCAAAAACAGAAGAGGAGUCUGAGGAAUUAGCUGAUGGUUUUUGUGAAGGCCGACUUGCUGCUGAAGAGUUCCUUGCUCAGUACUUGCCCAAACGCACCCAAGCUCAUAUUAGACGCAUUAAAAGUGAGAGAUUUGCUGAGCUGAUUAGAAAUGGCCCAUCUGCCGUCACAACCACCAGUAUCCCCCCUGCAAACAGUUGGGGGGCAACACAUGCCCAGCCUACCAACUCAGCACCGUAUCCAACACAAGUUCCUAGAGGGCCUGCUCCAAAACCUCCAUAUCCUAUUGGAGCAGGCUAUGGCAUGCCACAGCCAAGCUUAUAUAACCGAUGAUGUCAUUUUACUUUCUCCAUUUAUGUUGAAUUGCUCAUAGUGAUUUAGUCCUGUACUUUCAAUAGUCACUUGGAAAACAAAAGAAGACAGAUUCUUUACAAAUGAAAAUUUUUUAUUUUGGUUUACCGGUAUUUAAAUGAAUGAUGAGUGUAUUUUCUUUCUGUAGUUUUGUUGCUCAUCUCAAAGUUUCCAAGAAUCCUACGUGAUUAUUGUACAUAAUGUUGUUGUAUUUACAGAGUUGAUGUUCCCAUGUUUUGUACAGAAGACGAUACAAUAUGAACUGAUAAUAUUUUGUACAAACAUAGUUUUGUUCACCACCCUUUAUGAACCAUUAUUAUUAUUAGACAUACAUUAAUGAUAUGGCUGUUCUGUAAAAUAUAUUAAUAACAUGCAAGCUCUUAACAACACAUUAGUGUUUGGAUUAGACAACCUCAAGGGAAUUUAAUCGAUUCUGAGACAUGACUGUCUGUAUCAUUAAUAGCUUUUUUUCUUAUUUUGAAUAAUUAUUUGAACAUAAUUUGUUUUCUUCAUAGAGUUUAAAAAAAGUACCAAAAGAAAAAAAAAACAAUUGAAUCUUCAAUAAAUGUACAGAAAAAAAAAAUUCUGGACAUUCUUAAUUUGAUUAAAUUAGGUCCUAACUUUGGUUGCUCAUUUAGGUCAGAAGCCUUGACUUAUUUUGCUCAGCCAUGCUAUAAAGAAAAAAAAAAGCUGAUGACUCUGGGUUGUCUCUUAUAAUGUGCCAUCUAUUGUUAUUAGUGGCAGUCCUAUAAAUGGAUACCUAUUGAGGUACAAAAUUUUAAAACUCUCUAGUCAAAAGAUUUAAUUUAGUGACCUUAACAACCUGUUGGGAAGUCUUCAACUACAAAUAAAAAUAAAUAAAUCCUUUAUUAGAUCCUGUCUUAUUUUUAUUGUUCUAAUUUACCUUUGCUAAUCAUCAGAUUCUUUCUUUCAUGUAAAAGCUGCUAUUUUCAUUGAGGAAACUCAUGCAAUCAGUUUUCUAGCUUUUUGAAUCCUUCACUGUAUUUCUUUUAAACAAGUCUGCAUUCUUAAUGUAUGAAUACAUAAGUCAUGUGCCAGUAUAAUGAAAUGUUGAUACAUUUUUAUGAUGACUGUUAUCUCUUUUAAAAGAGAACAUUUUGUUUUCUUAAUUGUUUACAGAAUUAUUUACUUUUCUAACCUUUUACAAUAUAAAUGUAUGGUUUCAAACGUAAAAGUGGUGCCUGUGUAUUCAUAGCUGUCUAGGAUUUCAUGAAACUCAUGGAAUGAAAAUUUGUUUUUGUGCAUAAGUACAUUAAUGGGCUUUUGUGCUAGACAAUGGGCCACAGACAUGAUAGACAUUACAAUUGAAGUUUGCGUUAUAAUUAUUCUUAUACAAAGGAAAGUUUUUUUGUGUUUUUUUUUUCAGAAUCAGAAAAAGAAUUCAAUAAUUAAAAAAACAAAAACUUAAAGAAAUCAGAUCAGAUUACUUUAUUGUUGAGUGACUUCAAGAUGCAAGAGCACACAUUCAAAAUUUGAUCAUUUUUAGUCCUUUUUUUUGUUUCAGAUUUAUCUUUUCAUUGUAUAUUAAAUAUAACAAAAAUAUAGUACCUUGAUAUUAGUCCUGUUGAGUUAUUAUUAUUUAAAGUGAUUUAAUCUUUAAUUCAUAGUAUUUCUCUUUUUUUUUUUUAAGACUCGUCUUAUUUCCUUUUUUACAGAGUGGAAUAGUUCAUUGUAUAUGGACAGACAAAAUUAUAUUUGAAUAACUGAUAAACAAUUGAUGUCUUUAAACUAAUGAAAUAAUUCAUAUCCAUUCAUUAAUAAUUUUUCCAUUUAUUGUGGACAUGAUUACUAGUAUUAGUGUUUAAAAGACAUUUUCUAGUUUUUUGCAACAAGAAAAUGGUCACUUGUUUACUUUUAAUCUCUGCUGUACUUGGUAAAACUAUGAAUAUAAAUAACUACAGAACUUAUGAGGUGGCUAGUUUGCAAGAAUCAUGGUUUCAAAUAAAUAAGUGUUUAAAAUAGAUGAGUUAAUAGAAUUAAAAUGUCUACCUUGCUUGAAUUGUUUUAAAUAAUUAUAAUUUGACAAUAGUAGUUGUGUUUCAAAAUAGGGUUACAUUUAUUCAGGCUUGAUAAAACAGUUAUGUUUUAUGCUUUAAGAAGGCUUAAGCUGAAAAAUCUUUGGGAAGUUUUUAGCUGCAUUUGCAAUAUUGAUAUUUUGACCUCUUCCCCCCAACUUUUUUUUUUUUUUACUUGUAUUUUGUCAGCUCUUCAAUACACUCCUGCUCCUGCUUUGCCGAGCUUUAAAUCUACAUGGUCUCCUUUUUUUUUUCACUUUAUGUCUUGGUCAUGUGACUCAGGAAUCUUUGCGAGAAGCACACUUUAUUGAGAGGCUGAUUAACGCAUGAAUGUUUGGUUUGUUUUUAACUUAUGAUUUAUACACCUAGUGCUUGAUUUUGUCUUAAGCUGUGUAUGUGUCAAGGGGAAUGAGCUGUUCUCACUGUCAGCUAGAUUGUAAUUUGAUUUGUCAUUGUCAUAAUGUUAUGUACUCAAGGAAUGAAAUGCUUUGUAAAUGAGAAAAGUGACAUGAUGCUUGAGAUGGUCCUACUUAAUCAAUCAAUACAAUUGUAUUUUUUAGUGUCAAUAAGAGAAAUGUUCAAAACAAAUGCAUUGAAAAAUAAAUAUUUUAUUUAUGCUAAUGGCAUUCAAAUGAUGCACUAUCAACCUUGUCAUAAGAAAUUUAUAAUACUAUGGACUCCUUAAGACGGGAAGUGACUAUGAAUCAUCUCAUAGAAAUGAGAUAAAACCUGGGCAUUACUAUGGUCUGAACAAUUUUGCCAGCACAGCAGUUCCCCCCCCCCCCC